AUGAAUUUUGAUUUGCGUAUUCUGCUUGGAGGUAUUGAGCCUUUCUUGGAUAAGCUUGCGAAUUCUAUGAGCGAUGAACCGGUGUUCAUGUUAGGUUCAAUGGCAAAUAGUAAAGACCUUUUAUAUGCCAUGUUAAUAACAAAUUAUAGGCUAAUAACCUUGUUGAGACUUAAAAAACACAGUCUUCAUUCAGCAGAUCUUCACUUGGUUUUUAACAUUGAUUCCUCCACGCCUACGUGUGCUAUAUUACCGCAACAACUCACCGCUUGCGAUGCUUUACAAGGGAUAGAAGCACCUUACAAAGUGAGGGUUAUUAUAUAG